AUGCCUUCCAACCCAGCCAACUCACCAUUUCACCCGUUCCCCUCGGCGGACGCCUGGCACGCAGCCAACGUCAGGCGCCUCGCGAUCGGAUGUGGCCUGGGCACGAUCAAGGACCAGGACGUGCCCGGCAUCAACCUGCGGCUGUGCGAGGCGUGCGACCGCGUCUUUGAGGCGACCAACCUCCUGACGGCCAGGCUGGACGAGCGCCGCUACGCCUGCUGGGCGCCCGAGUGCGUCGCCCGCUCCAGGGACUACUACAUCCAGUGGCCCGAGCUGCGCGCCUCGGUGGUCGGCGGUUUCCGAGCCGCGGGCGUCGCCCCAGAGGUCGAGAGGUUGGUCAGGCACAAGCACGCGGAGCACCUGCGGUUGGUGGAGGAGCUGGCGGGGAGGCUGGCUGAGGCUGAGGGUGGAGGUGCUGCCGCUAUCGGCUCGGCGUCUGACUCUAAGGAGCAGAGGGACGCCGCGACCGUGCUGAAGAAUGCCUGGCAGCGUUCUCGGCAGCUCGACCCGGCCAACAAGUAA